AUACUCUGCGUACCUGAGCAGGUUCGGAGUGAAGAAAAAGGAAGUUCCAGUGCUGUUCAUACUCCUUCUUGCUUGCGUUUUUAACACAAGGUGAGGGUUGGCCUGUCACAAGAUAAAUAACGCAAUCAGCAUGCAGAUAUCCAAAACAAGGAAUGGGUACGCCGAAGUGCCAGCAAAGGCUUGUCUGGUGACGCCUAGAUCGAAGCGUCCGAUGAAGAUGACUGGAUCUGAAUCAAAUACCUCUUCUGCUAUAAAUCAAUCGAAACAUCUCACUGACAGAAGUCCCAGGAUCGAAUGCCGCACAGCCAAAGCCUUGGAGACUGAGAGGAGACGGCCGAGUAGGGUCACUGAAUUGGAAUGUCAGAUCACUCAGCUGCAGGAGGAUCUGAAGAAGACAAGGGAUCAGCUGAACUUAACUGAAUCAUGGAAGAGACGAGCCCAGCAGGAAGCAGAAGAGGCCAAGAAGGAACUUCUGGUCAUGUCUCUAAAGCUGGAAGACUCCCAGGGCCAGAUGGAGGAGCUGUCGGCGGCAGAGGACGCUCGGAUUCAAGAACUACGAAAGAUUUCUCAGGAACGCGACCGUGCAUGGCAGUCCGAGCUGGAAGCUAUCCAGAAUCAGCACUCGGUUGACACUGCCGCGCUGGCCUCCGCCAUGAACGAGAUGCGGAGGCUGAAACUGCAGCUUGAGAUGGUCCUUCGAUCCGAGGCCGCACUCGCAAAGAAGUCUGAGGUUCAUCAUUUAGAGAUCCAGUCCUCGAAAACGAAUCUGGCAGAGGCAUCUUUCGCCAUCGAAAACCUCAAAGUCCAGCUCAGAAGCAGCGAAAAAGCCGAAUCCGAGGCGAAAUCCACGCUUACCGAGACGAGGAGACAAUUGGAAUCUGCCCAGAGUACAAUCGAGUCUCUCCUUAGUGACGGAUCAAAACUCAUGGAGUCCUUCAGCAUCGUAGCUACCGAGUUGAAAGAAUCCAGAACGGGAGUCAAGUUACUCGAAGAAACUGUAAAGAAACUGCAGCACGAACAGUUUACCGCUCAUAUACAACCCUCAGUCGAUUUCGGCGAUCCAAAGAAGAUCUGCUUUGGUUCUUCAGAUUCCGAGGCGGAACAGUUGAUGUCAACACUUGAAGAUGCUCUGGUCGAGCAUCAACAAGAGCAGAUCUUAAGCAUGGUGAAGCUCCAAUGCACUUAUGAGAUGAUGGACAAAAUGAGUACCGACUCCAGAUUCAGAGAAUCUGAACUAAAAUCGAGACUAAGCGAAGCUGAAUCAGAGAUCACCGUGUUGCAGACCAGUCUGUUCGACAGGGAAGUGGAGCUACGCAGGAUCUCAGAUAUGAACAAGAAGCUGCUCGCAGACAUGGACAAAAUGAGUACCGACUCCAGACUCAGAGAAUCUGAACUAAAAUCGAGACUAAGUGAAGCUGAAUCAGAGAUCACCGUGUUGCAGACCAGUCUUUUCGACGGGGAAGUGGAGCUACGCAGGAUCUCAGAUAUGAACAAGAAGCUGCUCGCAGACAUGGAUAAAAGACGGGAACAUCAAAUUCAAUCUGAAGCUGAUGUCAUAUCUUUGAAGACCAAACUGGCCGACAAGGAGACGGCACUGCGGAGACUCUCUGAAGACAAUGAGAAAUUGAAACUGGAGCUGAGGAGGGUGGAGACAGAGAAGCAUAAUGCUUGCGAAGCAGCAGCGGCUGAGAUGAUGACCACGAAGACCGCGCUGACGAAGCUAGGAUUCAUCUCCGAAGAAGCCGAAAAACACAGCGAAAGGGCUACAAGGGCGGCGGAGGAGCUGAAGGCAGCUCAAGCGGCGAAGACAGAAAUGGAGGCCGAGUUGAGGAGGCUGAAGGUGCAAGCGGAGCAGUGGAGGAAGGCUGCUGAAACAGCUAUCGUGAUGCUUACGGCUGAUCAAACGGCUGGUGCUGCGGAUUCCGAUUACAGGUCUGCUGCGGGGAAGCUGGUGAGCCUACAGUUCUCCGACGACUUGGAUGAGGAAUCCCCGGGGAAGAAGAAAAGCCAUGUCCUUGGAAGAAUCAGAGGGAUGUGGAACAAGGACCAAAAGUGACGGACCAAUUUGCAUUUCCAGUUUGUAGUGCUAAUCCAAAACCUUGGUUUCUUUUCAGUUCCGAAACAAUAAAUCACCAUUUCUCUA